UCAUCUGUGUGUGGGGACUGUGAUGAGAGCUGUAUCUCAACUGGAGGAGACACUGAAUAAACAGAUGGAGAAGCUGCCUGAAGUCAAACUGAAGAGGAUUCAGCAGUAUGCAGUGGAUGUGACUCUGGAUUCUGAUACAAGAUUGACACAUCCCUACCUCAUCAUGGCUGAGGAUAGAAAACAAGUGAAACAUGGAGAUACAAAACAGGAUCUCCCCGACAACCCAGAGAGGUUCAAUCUUGAUGUCUAUGUAUUGGGAAAGGAGGGCUUCUCCUCAGGUAGAUUUGACAAUGCGGUGAUGGUUAAAGGAAAGACUAAGUGGGAUUUAGGAGUGGCCAGAGAGUCCAUCAACAGGAAGGGGGAUAUCACACUGAGUGCUGAGAAUGGAUACUGGGCUCUGUGGCUGAAGAAUGGAGAAUACGAGGCUCUUGCUAAACCCAGUGUCCUGCUCUCCCUGAGAGGGAGGCCCCAGAAGGUGGUGUUUGUUGAUUAUGUGGAAGGUCAGGUCUCCUUUUAUGAUGAGGAGGCCAGGUCUCUACUCUUUCACUGGCUGCACCACUGAUAAACUCUAU